AUGGACUCCUCGUCCCCGCCCAGUCCAACCAUGUCUGAGGGUACCCUCACGCCCAUCACCCAGGACGACUCUGUCGCGAGCCGGCCCGCGCUCUCGUCUGCGAAACUCUCUGCCUCCGCGCUCGAUCACGCAUCCGCGCCUGGCGGUCAAGCAAGCGCCGAGCCCAUGGCUGCCGACGCGCAACGUCCGAAGGAAGCCCUCACCAAGCUUCUGAACGGCAAGGAAAAGGAAUGGACCGCCAUCGCCGAGAAGAAAGGCCCCAUCCAGCUGCUAGACCUGCCCGUUGACAUCCUCAAGGCUAUCAUCGACCAUCUCCCGCACACCAACGACCUGACCUCGCUCGCACUGUGCCAUUCAGCCUUGCACGCAAUCACCAUACCCCACAUCUACGCGCGCUUUGACAUCGUAUGGCCUGACAACACUGUCAACGCCGAGCAGCGCUCCGGCGUCGAUGCUCUGACGUAUGGCCUCGCAACUCUGGUCAUGGGCAACGAGCUCUUCGGCGAAUCUCCAGCCCAGCUCAAGUACGCCGAAGAACGCAGGGCCGAACGGUUGCGCCUCUCCCCGAAAAGAAGUCAACCCGACGAGCCUUUCCCAAUUCCUCGCCGCCGACAUGGAAACCACUUCGCGGAAUACACAAAGAAGUUCUCACUCGGAAACGGACCGCCAGAAUGGGUUCAAGAGUAUCUUAUCACGAAAGAGAGCGGCAAGAUGCUCGGAACCCUUGUUGCAACCGCAGUCGCACGCAUGCGCAAUCUCGAGACCUUUGUCUGGGACAUGCCUACCGGUGUGCUGAGAGAUGUUUGGCUCGCCUUAUCGUCCUUAGCUACCCGCGACGAUGGACACGACUGUAGGCUAGAACGCUUGUGGAUCCGAUGGCAUGACAACUCCGCCGCCGACCUUUCCGCGCCCAUUGUGCCUCCUCCAAUGCCUGUUGGUCACAUCCCGCCUCCGCCUCCGCACGCCCAUCACGUCAGCGGAGUGGCAGCAGCUCCGGCGCCUAUGGUGGUACCAGUCAUGCAAUCUUCCGCAGGAAUGUCGGCCAUUGACCGGGUUGAGCAUCCAACGUUCUCCGUCAUUCCAGCGCUGAAGAGCCUCAGCGUUCUUGAUAUCGAUGAGCUCCCUUACCUCGACGAAAUGGCCAUCUUGAUUGGAAGGUCACAAAAGAAGCUGAGAGAGCUGCGGGUUGGGAUCGCGAAGCAUGCGCAUGAUCAAGAAAGAGAUUGGGUGACGGCUUGGGAAGGCGACGGCGUUCAGCAGGUGGAUCACAGCACGCUUUGGACUGCAGCAAGUAAGAUUGGCGACAAGAGGCUUGGGGGCGUUCUUGGAAUCCUCGUGGGACGGGUGUACAACAUGCGACGAAAUUCCGCACACGCAGAACAAGCCGAAGCAAGCAGCAGUGCAGACAACGCUCUUGCAAGCGGUGCGCUGCCCGCAAAGAGUGAGAUCAACUUGGCAGAACAAGCCGCAGCGUCAGAACGCGAGCAAGACCUCAGCCCUGUCAGUGAAGAUGGGCCACCCAGCGUUUUCGGAACCCCGCCUGCGACUUCACCGAUAUCAAAUACCAAUCAAACAUCACCUACUCAUACGAAUAGUGCUUCAUCGGCCUCGAGCGAACCUCGGAGACCUCUCAGGAGUCGGCCUAAUGCUGACCUUGAACGCCAAGAACGAAAGAAGAAUGCGGGUCCUUUGCUCAAUACCAAGCUUCAGCUUGAGACUCUUGAGCUAGAGCGUGUACCCCUCUCCGUUUCAGUGCUUCUGCAAGCAUUUGAUUGGCCCCGACUUACGACAUUGACUCUCCUCAACUGCAACCACCACGAACAACUCUGGAAGGCAUUACGCCGGCAAUUCACACCUCGUAGUCCGCCUCCAGCUUACAAUUCCGGAUCUCCCUCCAAGAACCAUGCGAACCACAGCCGCUUGGAGUAUCAUUUGAACUUGAAAAAGAUCCACACAAACACUGUCUCCCCGUCUCUCAUCGCUUUCCUCAAGGAAACCCUGGCACCGAACAGCCUCGAAGUCCUUUUCCUGCAGGAAGAUCGUACCUUUCAUUCCACCGUACCCAUUGAUUCCAUCUUCCGUGGUCCCCUCAAGCGGCAUCGCGCAAGCCUUAAGAAACUCAUGAUCGACAGCAGCGAAAAGGGCUCUCUAGAUCAUGUGCCUGGCAACACGAGAUGGAAGCGUUGGAUGUUAAAUCGUGAGAUUAUCACUUUCAUGACUAGUGGUCGCAUGCCCAAUCUCCGUGAACUUGCGUUCACAAUCGACUACCAUGACUGGCACUACUUUCUCCAACGCCUGCCCAACAUCCCGACUGUACGCUCGCUGUACAUUCCUCACAUUGCAGAGCAUGCACAUGGCAAUAAUAUAGACCCUCGCGAACUGGCGCUGCAAAUCGUCGAUAUCAUCACCUUGCGGCCAGAGAUCGAAAUUUGCUACAUGGGUAUCGCGAACAAGUGCUUUGAAGUACUUGAGAACAAGGUCUCACACGGUCACAUGGGUGGAUCUCAUCCUUACGAUCCGACGGCAUCCAACCCCUCUGCAGCAGCAACAAUUCCUGGCGUCGUAGAUCCUAUGGGAUUCACGGACGACGAAGAGGAAGAUGAAGAAGAUGACGUCCAUGAUGACGAUGAUCCAGGUGCUGUUGCAGACGAAGACAGUGAGGAGGAGGACGAAGAUGAGGAUGAUGAUGAUUUUGAUGACGAUGACGACGAUGACUCGUUCAUACACAGCGAAGAUGGCGCUGGAGGUCCUCGCCUGAGACUCCGGGAGAUCUUGUUCUACGAUGACAAGGUGGCGAUUUUCAAGGCUAGGCAUGGAAAACUUUGA